UUUCCACACUGGAGCAAAGUGUCCGGGGCUUUUGUGCGGGUCUCACGGUGCGGGGAGGAUGCACACACACACACACACACACACACACACACCACAGCCACACACACACACACACACACCCCACUCACACACGCGCGCGCGUUAGCGGAGUGAGUCGGCGCUGUCCCUCUCCAGGUCUGAGCGGCUGGAGGCGCUGAUGGAGUGAUGGAGUGAUGGAGGUGAUGGAGUGAUGGAUGGAGUGAUGGAGGUGAUGGAGGCUUUUUGCGCGCACUUUAUACUGUCGGAGUAAAUCUCAACAAAACGCGCGCUCGUGUGUGUGUGUGUGUGUGUGUGUGUGUGUAGGAAAGUGGAUCAUGCGCUUCACGCUGGCCUCUGUGUGUUUCUGCGCGUUUUGUAACAGAUCCGAGUGAAAACAUGACAAGAGCAGACGGUGUGGAUUAGACCUUUUUUUUUUAAUUCCUUGGAUUUUUUUUUUUUGGACGUCCUGGCUCUCCUUUCUCUCUCCAUGUGGGAUGUAACGGAGCUUCUCCUCGGUGGUUUGGAAUGAAAUGAUGGCGACACGUCGGGGUGAUGACGGGGAACGUGCAACCGCAUCGCCAGCGUGUGAGUGUAAGAAGGAUGGCCGUGAUCCGAGUGAGCUGUCCCCCGUGUCCCCCAUGUCCCCCAUAUCCCCGGCACCUGUGGACCAGCUCUUCUCCUGGCCUGGGCCUAAAACUCUGCACCUGCGCCGAACCUCGCAGGGCUUCGGCUUCACGCUGCGCCACUUCAUCGUCUACCCACCCGAGUCUGCCGUACACUCCUCGUUAAAGGAUGAAGAAAACGCAAGUGGAGGGAGGCCGCGGUGCCGUCUUGAGCCGAUGGACACUAUCUUCGUGAAGCAGGUGAAGGAGGGAGGCUCCGCCCACCAGGCUGGACUCUGCACAGGUGAUCGUAUCGUGAAGGUGAACGGCGAGAGCAUCAUCGGCAAAACAUAUUCACAAGUCAUCGCUCUCAUACAGCACAGUGACACGUCUCUGGAGCUCUGUGUGAUGCCUAAAGAUGAAGACAUUUUGCAGCUGGCCUAUUCCAAAGAUGCAUACCUCAAAGGGAAUGAAGCAUACAGUGGAAAUGCCCAGAAUAUCCCAGCACCGCCUCCUAUCUGCUACCCACAGAUAGAGCCUAAGACGUUAGGGAUGACGCACACUGAUGAACCUGCUGCUCCCUCAGGAGCUCAUGGAGGGUUCUCCCAGGGGGCAGAGCCAAGCUCUGCUGUGGGCUAUUGUCUGGAAGUCCCUAGUACCCAAUUGUCUCCAUGUCCUCCUCACUCGCAGGUAUCCAAAAUCCAGACUGUUGCAUGUGCAUAUGAUGAAAAUGUCCGGGUGGCAGGGGCGGAGGUUUCGGAUUCCUUGGAAUGUUCUCCUCACCCAUAUGGCACGAACUCUAAUGAUAGGUUGCAGGAGACUAAAAACACACGGCUUUGUACCAUGUCCCUUGAAAACCUUUCCUCGGUCCGUCCGAGAUCCCAAACCACGCCUUGUUCUUCUUCUGCUAGAGGAACACUGUUACACUACACACCAAAAAGACCGUCAGAAUCACCGGGAUUCUCCACAUACAUUCCUUUUCACCCUGACUCCACAUCUACACCAUCCAGUAGACAAACCAAGAGCCCGUUCACACCCUCUCCUCCAGCUGUCGCAUCAUCUCCCUGCUCCCCAAUGCAUCAGAACAUUGACUGGAGGAAUUACACGACUUACAAGGAGUACAUUGACAACAAGCGUCUCUAUACCUACGGUAGCAGGACCAUCCAGGAAAGACUGGACAGUCUGCGGGCAGCAAGCCAAGCUAAUAAAGCAAAAACAAGUGCAGAGAGCAUGCAUGGAUCCCAGCCAAGGCAGAGGAGCAUGUGUCAGGAGCGAGGUCCUGCAAAUUCUGGGGUCCAGUCUCUAUGCAGCAUGUCUCAGGAAAGACUAGAAGUAAAAGAACGAGCAGCGUCAAGGGAUUGGCAUCGAAGUGCAUCACAGGAUGCACUUCCUUCAUCCACAAAGAGCACAUACAAACCUCGGGCAAGAUCUUGCGACUAUCUGGGCAGACAGGCUGAGAGCAAGGUGUCACUGAUGGACAGAAGGGUUUAUGGAAGAACCGAGACGGAGGAGAAGGCACUUAUUUGCACUGGAGGGGAGACCAGAGGCUGCAGGCAGUCGCUCUCGUCAGGCAAAGUGGCACAGACUCAAAGUCUUCCAGGACUAAAUGCUAAAAGUAAAGGUACAGAUCCAGUUCUGAGCUCCAGAGUGGAGAGUCUGGGUAACACUGCUGCUGCUUCUAAGGCACGGCUCCCCAUUCAGACCUCUAUACUGGACGACUCCUACGUAGCCAAGGCUCUCGCUUCCUUAAACACGGGUGUCACCACAGCCUCAGUGACGACGAAAAACCAAAGAACUGCCCUGGUGCCAAAUCACAUGUCUCCUGGACAGCAAACUGAGAGCCAUCAGGGACCCACUGGUUCCAUUCCUUGCCCUGACCAGUCCAAAAGUCAAAGGAAACAGCAGACUGGGUCUUCAGCAGCCACUAAUGGCUCGGAAGGUCUUGAAGGUGCAGAGGCCACAGUGGUAGUCUUGAGGAGGGAGAAAACAAAAAAGUUUGGUUCUUUACCCCUCAGACACCCAUCCUACAUCCAGGCUGUGAACGAUGGAACAGGUAGAAUGGAGAAACCCACAAAGACGCCAAAGUGCUGGAGGUCCAACAAUGCUGUGCAAGACGGGUACAAGCAGUGGUUCGGAGACGAAUACAGACCCUCAGGAUACGACCAACUGCAUGAGUCACUCGACUCUAUCCCCUUCAUUGACGAGCCGUCUAGCCCCAGCGCCGACCUCGAUGACGCACAAUUCCCUGUUUGCACCACCGUCUCCGCCGUUCCGCUGAGCCCCACCUCCUCCUCCUCCGCCGCCAUCCUUCAUCGCCAGCUCUCUCACGACCAAGACUCGUUGCGGCUCGCAGUUCUGGAUUCAGAUUCCGGCGCUAAAACAGAGCGCUCCAAGUCCUACGAUGAGGGACUGGACAACUACAGGGACGAAGGACGCGGGACUCUGAUAAAGCACAUCGGUCUGAGAGGACUUCGGAAGGCUGUGGAUCGGUCCUCAGAAGAUUCCGGCUCCAGGAGAAACUCUUUGUCGGACGUCUUUGUUCACGCUACUAAGGAGGGAGUCCUGCACUUCCGCCAGUUCAGCUCAGAUAAGGGCAAGCGUGUCAGCAGCGGCAUGCGGCCGUGGAAGCAGAUGUAUGCUGUGCUCCGUGGCCACUCCCUCUACCUGUAUAAGGACAAGAAGGAGGGGCAAACUCCAAACUCACAUGCGGAGGAGGAGCCUUUGUCGAUCAGCAUUAAGGCCUGUCUGAUCGACAUCUCCUACAGCGACACGAAGAGGAAGAACGUCCUGAGGCUGACCACGUCGGACCGCGAGUACCUGUUCCAGGCCGAGGACAGGGAGGACAUGCUGGCCUGGAUACGAGCUAUUCAGGGCAACAGCAACCUGGAUGAGGAGAACGCACUGGUUACAAGCACAGACCUCAUCAAUCGCAAAAUCAAGGAGUACAACAUUCUGAUGAGUCCCCUCAGCAGUAAGACCGAGCCGUCCCCGAGGUCCUCCCGUCAGUCUCUGAGUAUCAGACACACCCUGCUGGGGGGGAAUAAAACCCCGAGCCCUCACUCACCCCACAAGGAGCAGGAGAGGAGAUUCACACACAGAGAUGAAGGGAGCUCACCGAAGGAUAAGGGGCUGCGGAGGAAAGGGAUCCCGGGACUGAUGAGGAAGCCGUUUGAGAAGAAAGUUGCUCCUGGAGUCACCUUUGGCGUGAGACUGGACGACUGUCCUCCUGCUCACACCAACAGAUUUGUGCCCCUGAUCGUGGAGGUGUGCUGUAAGCUGGUGGAGGAGAGGGGUCUGGAGUACACAGGGAUUUACCGAGUGCCAGGGAACAACGCUGCCAUCUCCAGCAUGCAGGAGGAACUGAACAGAGGCGUGGGAGAGAUCGACGUCCAGGAGGACAAAUGGAAGGACCUCAAUGUGAUCAGCAGUUUAUUGAAAUCUUUCUUCCGGAAGCUUCCUGAUCCUCUCUUCACCAACGAGAAAUACGGAGACUUUAUUGAUGCGAACAGAACAGAGGAUCCAGUGGAGAGGCUGAAAGUCCUGAAGAGGCUGCUUCACGAGUUGCCGGAUCAUCACUACGAGACGCUGAAGUUCCUCUCGGCUCACCUCAAAACUGUGGCUGAAAACUCCGAGAAGAACAAAAUGGAGCCGCGGAACUUGGCUAUUGUGUUCGGUCCCACGCUGGUGCGCACGUCUGAGGACAACAUGACACACAUGGUUACACACAUGCCUGAUCAGUACAAGAUCGUGGAGACGCUCAUUCAACAAUAUGACUGGUUCUUCACUGACGAGGGAGAAGAGGAACCAGAGACGGUGGUGCAGACGGAGAGCGCGGUGGAGACGCAGCCCGUUCCCAACAUUGACCACUUGCUCACCAACAUCGGCCGCACCGGCGUCUCCCCGGGAGAAGUGUCAGAUUCACCCACUAGUGAUUCCGCCAAAUCGAAGGGUUCAUGGGGGUCUGGGAAAGACCAGUACAGCCGCGAACUGGUCUCCUCCAUCUUUGCUGCAGCUAACCGCAAACGCAAGAAGCCCAAAGAGAAGCUGCAUGCCAGCAGCUCCGAUGAUGACCUGGAUGCUGUUUUUCUUGAGAGUGAGCUGCAGAACCAGAAACUAAUCGAGCAGCAUAUAGCAAGAGACUUACAUGAUGGGCAAGAACCUGCUAAAACAUCUAAGGGGCACAAAGAGCACAGGAACUCGUUCUUCUUGAAGAAACCGUCACCCUCUAAGAUUUCAGAAUCCCAAAAAUACUCUACGCUGCCCAGUCUCCAUCUCCGAACUCCGGCUCCUUCCAAAAGCUCCACAUCUGAAUCAUCUUCUCAGGUGGAGGACCUUGGCACCAUGAACCCAGGAACGUCCAGAUCCAGGAAUCGGUUGAGAAUUUGGGACACCGUAGCUCCCUCUGCCAUAGAUCUAACUCCACCCGGACCUGUCGGAGGAUCAGCCACGGCAGAAGUGAGCUCUAUCACCUCGGAUUACUCGACCACCUCCUCCAUGACAUUCCUGACAGGGGCGGAGUCAAGCAUGCUCAGUGCAGAUUUGCAGAGCCGGGGUGGAGACGAGGCUGAUGAUGAGCGCAGUGAGUUGAUCAGCGAGGGACGAAACAUGGAGACAGACAGUGAGACUGAGUUUCCUGUUUUUAUCAGAGGCGCUAUGACUCCUGUUACCCCAUCCAAGAGCGUCCCUAGAAGGUCAGAGUGUACUAACAUUCAAAAACCUUUAAACCGCUACAUCCUGUCUUCACAAAGGCUGAUGACUUUGUCCAAGAGGCGGUCCUUGCACCAGAAGACGGACAGCGAAUCGUCAUUAGAAGUUGGAGCCAGCCGAGAGGGUGAGAGGAUGAGCCGAAGUGAACCGAGCCGUCUAUCUCGUGUUCUGGAAGCAGUGAAAAAAGGGCGGUCUGUGGGAAGCCUCAGCUCCGUCUCUUCCUCCUCCCACAACCAGACAGAACCAACAAAGCGCCUGAGUAUCACCGAGAGGUUGAAGUCCCACUUCCGCUUGUCUGCAGACGAUAUGUUUGGCAUCGGAGGGCACAAAAAUAGCAGGAAAAAAGAGAAAAGAGUCCGCCGGAGACACACUGUAGGUGGCCAGCGGGACUUUGGCGAACUUGCAGUCAUUAAUGACUGGCGUGAACAGGGUGGUGCCGAGAAGGGGGCGGAGCUUUCGGACACGGACCGACUCAGACUUCAAAACUCGGGAGAGAUUUCCAUUCAGGACUGGAACACCCGCGAGCACUGGCAUCCUGGGUCCUCACGGGCUGGUUCACUGGGGUCAAAGGUCAUGACGGGGACUGGAGAGGGUUCGAGUCAUCCUACUUCUUUGCCAAGUUGCCAAUCCAGUAUGGAUCAGUUGAAUGGGGGGGAACCAAAGUGCAAAGGCAAAGCCAACCUGAACUCGGGCUCCGAUGUUCACCCACAUAAACUUUCUGGGGCUCAAGUUGUGUGUUCACAGUUCUACCAAUGUUUAUAAAAAAAUCUGCAUUUAUGUGUGUGGAUGAAACAAAUGAGAGUGAAUGAAUGAAUGAAUCAAUGUCCAUAAAGGUACUGCACAAUA